AUGGCAAAGAUACUGCUUCUGGCUUUGGCAGUUGGUCUGGCUCAUGCUCUUAAUGAGCUUGAAGGAGACUGGGUUAGCAUUGCCAUAGCUGCUGACAAUGUUGAGAAGAUAGAGAACCAGGGAACUAUGAGACUUUAUGCUCGUCAAAUUACUAGUCAUGAGGAAUGUGAUAAAUUGGAAAUCAUAUUUUAUGUAAAUUUAAAUGGCCAAUGCUCAGAGACAACAGUUAUUGGGUACAAGCAAGAAGAUGGCAGCUACAGGACCCAAUAUGAAGGAGAAAAUAUAUUUAAACCCAUGGUUAUAACCAAAGAUUUCCUCGUAUUUAGCAGUAAGAAUGUGGAUAGAGAUGGAAUGGAAACACACUUGCUUUUUUAUCUUGCCACAGAUUUUCCAGCAGCUCAGAGGGCAAAGGUCGAGCUAAGGCCAAGGUCAAUCUUGGCAGCAGCUUCAGUCUUCCGGCCCUCAUCCACUGGCUCGAUGCCACCUUGUGUCGGCGUCUGCGGCAGGCUGGACAAAAUGGCUGAAAGGGUGGCAGACAUCCUGAGGCUCCUUGAG